CCAGCCCCCCGGCAGCUGCAGCCAGUUCCUGUCACAAAGACUGUUGUGGUCAACGUCCCUUCUGUACGGAGAGGUUCCUGGUGUGCUGACGACAGUGUCCCCACUGAAGCUCCCAACCUUCAGUGUGCCGACAGAAACGUCCCCGCCACGGCUAUCACCACCCUGUGCAUCAUGGCAAAUGCUCCACAGGGGGUCCCAGCUCCAGGUUCCCUGCAGUGGCUGUCUCCACAGCCGCCUCCACAGGCCCUCCGGCCUGGGCACGGUGGUGUCCCCGCCGACACCCUUAACCCCUGGUGCGCCAAAAAAGAUGUCCCUGCCAGGGCCCGAGCCAGUCGGUGUGCCGACACCACCUUGGUGCCUGUCUCUGUCCCUGUCCCUGUGUCUGUUCCAGGUCCUGUUUCCGAGUGGGUUGGCCGGAGGCCCGGGUGUGCCAACAGCAGUGUACCCACCAGGGCCCAGAGCGAUCAGUGUGCCGACGGUGAGCCGCCAGCCAGGGCCUUUGCUGCAGUCCCUGUUCCUGCUCCUGAGCGGGUCCGCGGGUGUGCUGACGCUGCCUUCGAGCCUGUUCCUGAUCCUGCCCCUGAGCGGGUCGGCUGGCACGCCAACACCACCCCAGAGGCCACCCCUUGGCAUGAUUACCCAACCCUCCUGUGCUUGCGGUCCAUUGCAGUAGGGCUGCCAUACCAGACAGUGAUGCAGCUGGCAUCCAUCUCUCUGCUCACUGCAACUCUCAACAUGUUGGUCAUCAUCUCCAUCUCCCACUUCAAGCAGCUCCAAACCCCCACCAACCUCCUCAUCCUCUCUCUGGCUGUGUCAGAUUUCUUUGUCAGCUUCCUCCUGAUGGUUCAAAUUAUGCUCAUAGACGGCUGCUGGUACCUCGGUGACAUUAUGUGUUUGUUGUAUUGUGUUUUCGAUUCCAUUAUUAUCUCUUCCUCAAUAGGAACCAUGGUGCUCAUAUCAAUUGACCGCUACGUGGCGAUUUGUGACCCUCUGCAUUACUCCACCAAAGUCACUCCUAAAAGAGUUAGAAUCUGUGUUUCAGUGUGUUGGUUCUUUUCUCUCUUCUGCUUCAUUGUGCUGUUUAAAAAUAACCUGAAUCAACCAGGCAGGUAUAAUUCUUGUGCUGGGGAGUGUGUGAUAGUCUUGACCUUGAUAGAACGAAUUGCAAAUCUUAUUUUGACCUUUAUCAUUCCCAUUACACUGAUCAUAGUUCUGUAUAUGAGAGUGUUUGUGGUGGCUGUGUCUCAGGCUCGUGCCAUGAGGUCUCACAUUACAGCUGCCACACUUAAGAGUUCAGUCAGUGCUAAGAAAUCUGAGCUGAAAGCAGCCAGGACUCUUGGUGUUGUAAUAGCUGUGUUUCUGUUAUGCAUCUGCCCAUACUUCUGUACCACACUUAUAGGUGAGCUUACCUUGCUCAAUGCCUCAUCUGCUGGAUUUGUAAUAUGUCUAUUGUAUGUUAACUCCUGUCUAAACCCUAUAAUAUAUGCCCUAUUCUAUCCCUGGUUUAGAAAAUCUAUUAAACUUGUUAUUACACUUCAAAUUCUGAAGCCUGGUUCCCGUCAGUCCAGCAUACUGUAA